UAAGAAAUUGGGGAAGGGGAAAGAUAGAAUAGAUGAUGAAGAUAUUACUUUUCAACGAAUGGUUGCUAAGGGAUCUUGGCUUGUUCUAUUGGUUGGUUAAUGUACACAGAUGCAAGAAGUAGCAGGAGAACGUGGUGGCUACCUUCAUGGACGAGGCGCCUUGGACAGUGACGAUCUGCUCUAUCUCAAGGAGCAGAUGGAAGCAGAAGAGGAUGCAGAACGCUUAUUACGUCGCACUGAAAAACGUGCAUUUGCUGCGUUCAAAAAAGCUGCAAGUUUAGCUGAUUCAUCACCGGCUUCAAUUCCAUUGCCACUUCGCGUGGAGCCAAAGCCAAAGACUGGAAUAAGACAACAAGAUUUACUGAAAAAAGUAGUGGAAGUGAAGCCAAAAAGACAGAAGGUUUUAACGCAAGCUAACAGUAACGUGUCCGCCCUUCUUUCUACCGAGCCUGUUUCAUCAGAAUGUAAGCCACAUACUAAUGUCGAGGAUGAAAACGGGUCAAUAAGUCAAACCAAGACCGAUAAUGAACACAUGGAAGCAGCCAAUCCUAUCAAAAGCUUGCUUGCAGCAUACGAGAGUUCAGAUAACGAUGAAGAUUGAUUCAGAGAGCAAGUGGUUUUGUUGACGGAACAAUUCCGAUAUAUAUAUUUUGUAAUCGUAGCUUGGAUAUUAGCCGCAGGCGUCUUGUAACGUUAUUCGUGUAUUAAUUAGCAAGUAUUUUUCGAUUAUUUAACCGAAGAAAUGCAGAUAGGUUCUGUAGAAUUCUUGUUUGAUGAGUUCAAUCUGAAGUUAUGCAUUUAUGU